AUGCAUCUUGACAAUUAUAAUAAAAUACUCAAUCAUUCCGCUAUCAGAAAGAAGGGUGAAGAAGGCAACUACGCAGAAAGAUUAGUAGUGAUGUCGGAUGUAGAUAACUGGGAGCCCGUAUCCGAUAAUGAGGAUACUACUGAUUCUGUGAAACAAUUGGGUCCUCCCUUUGAGCAUGCAAGUAACAAUGACAGUACAGGUGAUGCUGAAGUUGAGUCGUUGCAAGAUGUGCCCCUAAAUACAGAGAGCAAUGACGCACACAAAAAUUUAGUAGUGAUUACGAACCCAAAUGCCGCUGAUGAACGUUCUACUGAGAUUAAACAUGAUCAAUCAAGGACUUCUUCGACGUCCUCGUUCUUUAGUGGGAUGAUCUCUUCGUUUAAGUCAAACGUACAAUCCCCAGUUUCUAGAUCAACUACGCCAACUUCUCCAGUUUCGCAACCGAACAUCAUAUCACAUAGGAGGGAGCCCUCCAUGGGGUCCAAAAGAAGAUCAAGCCGCCGAAUCAGUAAUGCCACAAUUGCUGAAAUAGGCUCUCCCCUACAACAAGUGGAAAAGCCUGAGGAAGUCAAGACGAGACUCACUCCUUCCCAAGUGAAAGAAGACAGUUACGAUCAUAGGCGCUUUGUGGAAGAGCGUUACAUGGACACACCUUAUCACUAUGCGUCUGAGCAAAGGAACAGAGACUUCCAUGAGACAUUCAAGUCCGUUCCUAAAGAUGAUAGACUACUAGAUGAUUUUAAUUGUGGCCUCAAUAGAGAGUUACUUUACCAGGGGAAACUAUAUAUUACGGAAACACAUCUCUGUUUCAACUCUAAUGUUCUUGGCUGGAUUGCUAAAGUGCUGAUUGCCUUCGAAGAUAUCACGUUUAUGGAAAAAACUUCCGCUGCUGGGUUAUUCCCCAGCGCAAUAUCUAUUGAAACAAAGAUGGGCAAAACUCUGUUUAAUGGAUUUAUAUCCAGAGACGCUGCAUUUGGAUUGAUGAAGGAAGUAUGGUCAAGAACUUUGUUGCAGAAGGACAUGGCUAGUGAAAACCUCAACACUUCAAGAGAGAAGCCAGGAAAUGGUAAAGAAAUUGAUGAUGCAAUAAACUCCAUCGAUGAGGAAAAUAAUGAUAAAGAAUCUAAUGAUUAUGACACUAAUGACAAUGACGAUGAAAAUAUCUAUACCAAUGAGACCACCCCUAAAAGUAAGAGUUCCUCGCUAGAUAAAGAAAAAGAGAAAGCGUAUAAACUGUGUGGCGAUUCAUCGUACCAGUAUGAUGGUCCACUAUACCAUCAUUCAACAAGCUUCCCAGCUGAACCCAUGGCCAACAACGAAUUUGUGCUCAAAGAAUUACCAUUCAAUUGUGCACCUGGUAUACUUUUUGAGAUCAUGUUCAACUCAGAACAAAACGAAUUCCUUCUGGAUUUUUUACGAGGCCAAGAAGGUUCACAAAUCACCGCUAUUCCAAAUUUCACGAGCGUUGACAAAUCUUCCAUGACUUUGAAGCGAGAGUAUUCAUACGAAAAGGCGUUGCACUUUCCUGCGGGACCCAAGUCCACGACUUGUUAUGUUGCUGAGGUAGUAAAGAGAAAAGAUCCCGAUACUUACUACGAAGUCAUCAGUAGUAUACGCACCCCGAACGUGCCCAGUGGUGGCAGUUUCUCGACUAAGACAAGGUACCUCAUCCGCUGGAACGACGAAAUAACGUGUCUGUUGCGAGUAUCCUUCUGGGUGGAAUGGACUGGCUCCAGUUGGAUCAAAGGUAUGGUUGAAAAUGGUUGCAAGAAUGGCCAAUUGGAAGCUGCGCAAUUAAUGGAACGGAUUCUCUCCGAGUUUGUUAACAGCAAUGUCGAAGAAUGCCAAAUUACUGUCAGCAAAGAGGAAGAGAAGCAAGAAAGUGAAGAAGUGGAAGAGAAAUCAAAGAAAAUUGACCUUGAACAACCAAGAGAAGUCUUUGCUACAAAUCCUGCUAUUACAGAGCCUCAAGGUCUCAAGGUCACCACAGAAACCUGGUUAUUCUUAUACUUAAUUGUGAUUCUUUUACUAUUGUUAAAUCUGUUUUAUAUACGCUCAAUUGCGGUUUCAUUACAUCAACUGGUGAAGCUGCAACUGGUGGAACUGAAGCUGUGA